AUGGCACAAAGGAUGGAGAUGAGUUUGGUCCUUGUCCUGGUGACCAUGUUCUUGGCGAAAGCAGCAGCACAGUCUAGUUGUACCAAUGUGAUCAUCGGUAUGUCACCUUGCCUCAAUUAUAUUACUGGCAACUCCUCAACCCCUUCUUCAGGAUGCUGCUCACAGCUUGCUAGCGUCGUCCGCUCCUCUCCACAGUGCUUGUGUGAGGUCCUUAACGGCGGUGGCUCAUCACUCGGGAUCAAUGUCAAUCAAACUCAGGCUCUGGCAUUACCAGGUGCCUGCAAUGUUCAGACUCCACCCCUCAGCCAGUGUAACGCUGCUUCUCCAGCUGACUCUCCAGCAGGAACACCAGAAUCUCCAAGUGAUGGUCCUUCAGGAACUGGAUCCAAAAAUGUACCAUCAACUGAAGCUGGCUCAUCUGGAAACUCCAUCAAGUUGUCUACAACUCAACUGUUUGUUGUUCUGGCUGCAGCAUAUGCUAGCCUCUCAAUGUGCUGA